AUGCGCCAUCGGGGAUAUAGAGGGGGGGGCGUGAAACGUCGUCAUCGGGGAUAUGGAGGGGGCGUGAAACGUCGUCAUCGGGGAUAUAGAGGGGGCGUGAAACGUCGGCAUCGGGGAUAUAGAGGGGGCGUGAAACGUCGUCAUCGGGGAUAUGGAGGGGGCGUGAAACGUCGUCAUCGGGGAUAUGGAGGGGGCGUGAAACGUCGUCAUCUGGGAUAUAGAGGGGGCAUGAAACGUCGUCAUCGGGGAUAUAGAGGGGGCGUGAAACGUCGUCAUCAGAGAUAUAGAGGGGGCGUGAAACGUCGUCAUCUGGGAUAUAGAGGGGGCGUGGAACGUCGUCAUCGGGGAUAUAGAGGGGGUGUGGAACGUCGUCAUCGGGGAUAUAGAGGGGGCGUGGAACGUCGCCAUCGGGGAUAUAGAGGGGGGGCGUGA